AAAGUUUGUCUACGCUAGUUGACUGAAACCGCCACAUUUCUCAUGUUGGAUGUCGGUUCUCUGCAACUGGCAGCUACCCGAUCGACUAGUCCAAGAAUAGCUCUGAAACCGCACCCUUUUUGUUCGACGAUACACGGAAAUCCGUUAACCAAUCCACCCCGAGACACAAGAAAGGCCAUGCAUAGCAACACGUGAUGCACUCACAUAAUACGCGUGGGUUGCCCCGACGCGUGCCGCUCGCUUCCUGGAUGCGUAGACCAAACUUCGGUACAAGAAACACCUUAGCUCUGGCUGGCCUAAUAAGCGGGGUGGCAUGAGUUGGCUUGGAAGAAUCAACGAGGGCGACCCCUCAAGUCACUCGAGCUGCCGAAGCAACCCAAAGCCUCCGCCUCACUCUUCCAAGCAAGCCAUGCAGUUAGGCUAGCUAAGUAGCCAAGCUCUAGCGGCUGCCCAUUCCUCCGUCCAUGCCCUCCCCCUCUCCUCCUCCUCCUCGUCGUCCCGCCACCACCGAUGUCUUGCGCGGCGGCGGAGGCCGGGCUGGUGGCCAUGGACUGCGUGGUGGUGUGCUGCUGCUGCCCGUGCCUGGUGCUGCAGAUCACCGUGUUCCUCUUCGUCCGGCUGCCCCGGAAGGUGGUGGUCAAGUCCAAGAGGGUCUUUCUGCGGCGAUGGCACAGGAGGAGGAGGAGAUCGGCAUCCGCCGCCGCGAAGAGGCUCUCCAGAAGCGGCAGCACGGCCUCGUCCUCCGGCAUGAGGCGGCUCGAGGAGCUGCUGGACGGCGAUUUCAGAGCCACCUUCAGGGAUAUCAACGGAGGGGAGUGCAGCGGCAGCGACGGCGACGUCCGCGGUAGCUGGAAGGAGAAAUGCUUCGCCAUGGACGACUACGAUGGCGGUGUCGGCUGGAAGCAGAGGUGCUUCGCCGUCGACAGCUGCGACGACGACGGCGUGUGGGAGGCGCUGGUGGGGCAGGAGGGGCUCUUCUGGUUCGGGAGCUUCUGGGGCCGGACGGAGCAGGGCGACCCCGUGUCUUCCGAGGAUCAGAUGUACGCAGGCUUGAGCCUGCCGGUAGUUCUAGAGAGAGUGCGGGAUUAGGCACCGAUGAUGAUGCAGUUUGAUGCAAGCGGCUUGCAUUGCAGCUUCUAAAUGAGGUUUCUACUUUUCCAUCCGGCCAAGGAUUUUAUCCAGAGUAGCAGCUAUUACAUCAUUUGGUCAGUGCACUGACCCCCUACUGUACAUAUGUUAUCAUCAUGGUACGCCUAUUAUCAAUCAAAGGAACAAUUCCUGAACAAUAAACAGCGGGUUUCAGUUUA